CUGAGGUCGAAGUGGUGGUAUAGGAAGCCGCAGAUGCUGGAAAUGUCGAGCAGCGCUCACACACAAUGUUGGAUUUCAUGUGAGCUGGCUGACGCGCUGUAUUAUUGAGUGUGUCGGUCCCGGGCGUUUAACCCUUCCAAGUUUUCAGAGCGAGUGAAUGUGAGACAAGGUGUCCGAUUGAAACAAUGGUUGUUCUUGAAGGUUACUGCGAAGGCAAUGCAUCCUUAUCCAAAAUAUGGAUUCAACACGGAUUAUUCCCAUGUUUUUAUUUUACACUCGUCCCGACAGUACUUUUGAGCAUUGCCUUUCUCCUUGGUGCACUGCAAUGUGCUUGUUACAAUAUCUAUGGGACUACAAUGGAGCCAAAGUACAUACCUCGCUCUCGUCUCUUCCGCCUUCAAUUGUUCCUAACAGUAAUCAUGCUCCUGCAGUUUGGAACCUACAUCCUUUGGCAAACCUUUGGCUUGGGCAUAAUCUGUGGAUACAUGAUUCUAUAUUCGUGCCUAUCUCCAGCUGGAUGGGUGUGUACCAUCUUACUACUAUACCUGGAGCGCAACAGGGUGAUGGUGCGGGACAGAACACGCGGCCAUGGUACCAUCCUACUGCUCUUCUGGGCUCUGGGAUUUGCAGCGGAGAAUCUGGCAUUUGUGUCGUGGAAAAGUCCUCUAUGGUGGUGGUCACUGGACAGUACUGACCAUAAGGUACACUUUGGUCUGUGGAUGGUGCGAUACGUCUGUACGUUUCUGUUGUUUAUCCUUGGGAUAAAAGCCCCUGGUUUGCCUCAAAAACCCUACAUGAUGAUCAUUAAUGAGGAUGAACGAGAUGUUGAAUGCAGUGAGCCUCUCUUAAAUCAGAACAACAAUCAGUCCACCUGGAAAGAUUUCCUUAAGAAGGUGCAGUUGCUGAUACCGUACAUGUGGCCCAAAGGAAGCCUCUUGCUGCAGCUUUUCGUUCUGUUAUGCCUUCUGCUCCUUGUGAUCGAACGAGUCAUCAAUGUUUUUGUGCCCAUCUACUAUAGAAACAUCGUGAAUGAACUGAGUGACAGAGCCCCAUGGAAAACUGUAGCCUCAACUGUCUGCCUUUAUGUCUUCCUUAAAUUCCUACAGGGAGGUGGCACAGGUGCAUCUGGCUUUGUAAACAACUUACGAUCCUUUAUGUGGACUAAAGUCCAGCAAUACACCAGCCGACACGUUCAGGUUGCACUUUUUGCUCACCUUCAUUCUCUUUCACUUCGCUGGCACCUUGGCAGAAAGACUGGAGAAGUUCUCCGCAGUGUGGAUCGUGGAACCAACAGUAUUAACAGCUUACUAAGCUAUAUCAUCUUCAACAUCUUCCCAACGAUUGCUGACAUCGUCAUUGCCAUCAUUUACUUCAGUACCAAUUUCAAUGCCUGGUUUGGACUCAUUGUCUUUGUUUGUAUGGUGUUCUACUUGACUGCAACCAUUCUGAUAACUGAAUGGAGAACGAAGUACAGGAGAGAAAUGAACACCAGGGACAACGAGGCAAAGUCUAAGGCCGUUGACUCCUUGCUCAACUUUGAAACGGUGAAGUAUUACAAUGCUGAGCGUUACGAGGUGAAUCGUUUCAAUGAUGCCAUACUGAAGUAUCAGGUGGCAGAAUGGAAAACAAUUGCAAGUCUCCCAAUUUUAAACCAAACUCAGAACAUGAUCAUCAGUCUCGGGCUGCUCGCUGGAUCACUGCUCUGUGCCUACUUUGUCACUGAGAAAAAGCUUCAGGUUGGCGAUUUUGUCCUUUUUGGGACAUAUAUCAUUCAGCUUUACACGCCACUUAACUGGUUUGGGACAUAUUACAGGAUGAUCCAGAGUUCAUUCAUAGACAUGGAGAAUAUGUUUGAUCUAUUCAAAGAGAGCCAAGAGGUUACUGAUGAUAUCAAUGCAACAAAUCUUGACUUCAGAGUUGGAAAAGUGGAGUUUGACGAAGUUUAUUUCAGUUACGUCGAUGGUAAAGAAAUCUUGAAAGGCGUAACAUUCUGUGUUCAGCCAGGACAAACACUGGCCCUGGUUGGUCCGUCGGGCUCAGGGAAAAGCACCAUCAUCCGGCUCCUCUUCCGGUUUUAUGACAUCAACGGAGGUUGCAUCAAAGUUGAUGGUCAAGACAUCUCAAAGGUGAAGCAGCAUUCUUUGCGUUCGCAUAUAGGGGUAGUGCCUCAAGACACUGUCCUCUUCAACGAUAACAUUAGGAACAACAUCCGGUAUGGCAGAGUGACUGCCAGCGAUGAGGAGGUGGAAGAGGCCUCCCGAGCAGCCGAUAUUCAUGAACGAAUUAUCACAUUUCCUGAAGGUUAUGAUACACAAGUGGGUGAGAGAGGCCUAAAGCUCAGUGGAGGAGAGAAGCAGCGAGUGGCAAUUGCCAGAACAAUCCUGAAGGCACCUCAAAUCAUUCUUCUGGAUGAGGCUACAUCUGCACUUGACACACAAACUGAAAGGAAUAUUCAAGCGUCGCUUGCCAAAGUGUGUGCGAACAGGACCACAAUCAUUGUGGCUCACAGAUUGUCAACUAUAAUCAACGCUGAUCAGAUCCUCGUGCUUCGGGAUGGAGAGAUUGUAGAGAGGGGAAGCCACGAGGCAUUACUAGAUAAAGGGGGAGUUUAUGCUGAAAUGUGGAUGAACCAGCAGCAGUCCGAGGCAUCUGACUCAUCAUCUGACACUGAAGCCAAAGACAAGAGCACUGAGAAACUACAGCCUCCUGGCAGCAAGAAGGGCCAGAGGUCCCACUAGCUACUAAGCAGAGAUUUAACCAGGAAGCAGAUGAAAGUUACCUCACCAUUGAUGUUGUGAAUAUACUGAGUUUGUACUGAACCAUUAUAUCUCAUGAUUGUUCCGGAACAUUCUAUGGAUCAGAUUCCCACAGUACCUAGUCAUUCUUAACGAGAAAGGAAAAUUGUCAAUGAUUUAUAGAUUUUUCUAAAGACCAUAAAACCAUAAGACAUAGUGGCAGAACUAAUCCAUCUGUCCCAUUUAGUCUACUCCCAUCAAGGCUGAUUUAUUAUCCCUCUCUAUCACAUUCUGCUGUCUAUUCCCUGUAAAGUUGAUACCCUUACUAAUCGCGAGUCCAUCAACCUUCGCCCAAUAUACUCAAUGACUUGGCCUCUACUGUCUGUGCCAUUGAAUUCCACAGAUUCAUCACUUUCUGGCUAAAGAAACCCCUCUGUUCUAAAAGGGCAUCCUUUAAUUCUGAGUCUGUGCCCUUUGGUCUUGAGGCUGAUUUAUACUUCUGCGUCAAAUGAACGCCGUAGGUACAGCGUAGCCACAUAACGUACACUGUACCCUACGCCCUA